AUGAACUUUUUAUCUGCUUUCCGAGCUCCUACUAGGCCAGAAGCUCAAUGGUUCAAGGUGGGCCUUGCCUCGUCAUUUCCCGAUCUUGGCGUUGACGAGGAAGACACCCACACCUUGGCGCACACUCGAACAUGCAACACCGACACAGCACCAGGAUGCAAAGUCUUCCAUAUACCAAAAGAUGAUCCUUCCUCUGGAAACGAAGUUCCAAUCCCGGAGAAUGAAGCCGCUGGCGACAUGACAGACCAGGUCUUGGUUUUCAAACGGAAGGGAACCUUCCAUGCUAUCGACCAUGUAAGUAGUGGCCACUCUCAAGCUUAUCAACUUUGGCAUUGUCUUGAGUGCGGGAAUCACCUGCCCAAAGCAUGGCUGGUCCUUCGACCUGUUCUCUGGAAGGGCAGACAGGGGGAACUACAAGCUCAAGGUCUGGGAGGUACAACUACGAGAUGCCGCCAACGAUGCCUCGGACAAAGAAGUAUGGGUGAGAAGAAAGCAGAGGAUCGGGUAAUACAAUGCCGUGUGGUCGAUCACAAUGCCCGCCUCGAGGAUGGGUGGGAGAGUGCUCAGAAAUUGACCGCUGACAAAAAUAACACACGGUUUCUUUGUGCCAACAACAGCCCGUAG